AGUUUGGGCCUCUUCAGGUGCCGUAGGUUUGGCUGUGCGUUGAAGUUAUGGCGUCUUCAAUGUCACUCCUGGCUUUGAAACGGGUGUCUUUACUGAACGUAAUAACAAAAUCGUUAUUGAACUCAACCAGGUCAGCAAGCACGUCAGGAUGGAGGCUGGCACAGAACCCAGCACAGGAUACGCAACUCAUCACAGUUGAUGAGAAACUGGACAUUACACCCUUGACUGGUGUACCCGAGGAACAUAUAAAAACCCGUAAAGUGCGCAUCUGUGUUCCUGCCCGCAAUGCCAUGCAGUCAGGAGCAAAUAACACUUGGAAGUGGAGACUGGAGUUUGAUACCAGAGAACGCUGGGAGAACCCCUUGAUGGGCUGGGCAUCCACGGCUGAUCCUUUGUCCAACAUGGUCCUGUCUUUCAGUUCAAAAGAAGAUGCAAUUGCCUUUGCAGAAAAAAAUGGCUGGAGCUAUGAUAUUCAGGAGAAGAGGGGGCCAAAGCCAAGGUCCAAAUCCUAUGGUGCAAACUUCUCCUGGAACAAAAGGACAAGGGUGUCCACGAAGUAAACUGGCCAUUGCUAUCUGUCUGGCUAUGUCAGCUGUGUUAUAUUUAUAGAUGUGCGUAAUAGCAUAAUCUCUUAAUAAAAUGGCCUUUAAGCUAU